AUGCGAGAAGACGUCCCAUUUCCUCUUCUUCUUCUCCUUUUUCUUCCUCUUAUUUCAUGCUCCAAUGCACUCAAAACAUGCAAAAGUUUUUGGGUCUCGAAUAGACCAUCACAGGACUGCAGUUCGCUAUCACUCCAAGAGCCUCCAUCCCUCUUACCCAACGUCCUUUCACUGUCAUUAUCCAACAAUUCCAUCUUCCGAAUUUCCAACUUCCCUCAAGAAUAUCGGCGUCUUCAAUCCCUUCGUUUAGAUCAAUGUCAACUUGAAAAAUUGGAUUUCGAUGCAUUAUCCGUAUUCGAUCAAUUGAGAGAAUUGGAUAUUUCAAGAAAUUCCCUCUCGAAAUUGAUAAUUCCCCGAAAUUUGGUCUCGUUGAGAGUGCUCAAUCUUGCUUUUAAUUCAUUUACAUAUGUACCCGACAUGUCUCAUCUGGAAUCUCUCCGUCUCGUGGAUUUAUCUCAUAACCGUCUUAUAUCAGUCCGCCCUCGAAUGCUACCAUUCAAUCUGGAAGUUGUUAGACUAGCAGCUAAUCGAUUCACACAUUUGUCGCCGUGGCCAUUUCUACACAAGCUGCAGGAACUCGAUGUAACAUUCAAUGAUCUGGAAUGCGACUGUUCUCUAUGGCAUUUUGUGACUUGGGCGGAGAAGUUGGCUCUUUUUGAUAGCACAAUGCUGCCGUGCCGUCGCCCAAGUGAGCUCAGAAAGAGCCCGAUCGAUGGGAAAACGGUCUGUGGUCCUACAGUAGUCUCAUCAUCUCCAGAAUCCGCUGUCGUCUCCUUAUCAGAUACUCAUUUAAUGUGCUGUACAGCUCUAGCUACUCCACCUCCUCAACUAUUCUGGCAGCUAAAUGGAAAGAAUAUUUCCAAUGGACUCUCUCAGAAGCAUCUUUCUGAUUCUGGAAAAGUGGAAUUCUGUCUAGAAAUCCGAAAAAUCCAGCUGAAAGACAUGGGAAAAUACAGAUGCGUUGCCUCGCUGGCGGGUCUAAACUCAUCGAAAGAGUUCCACGUGGAACGAGACAAAAUCCCAAUUGUCUUGAAUUCAGCAGAAGGAAUUAUGAUCUACUGUCAAUUCACAAUUUGCAUAUUCAUCGGAGUCUGUUGUGUCAUUUCUUGUUGUGUCCUUCGAACGGGUGGAAGAGGGAAAACUAGGCCAAAACGAGAGUAUAUGCAUGCGAAGAUUCUGGAAAUCCCUCAAGAUUCAUGUGAAUAUUGUUGUGAUGAAGUGGAUGGAGAUGACGUGGAUGACGAUGAAACGAGAGAUUGUGAUGAUUGGGGAGACGCAGAGACAGCGGCUGUUAGGCAAUAUUUACAGUGGAGACAGAUGCAUCAGGAUCAACAUAAAUACUCAAUGAUUCCCCAAAUUCGCCACGAAAGUCUUUGUCGUCUAUCCAACGAAUCGAACUCUUCUGAUAAUAAAACCACAUCACACCGUGCUCCGUUAGCAAGAUUUGAUGAGCAACAACACUCUGUAUCGUUCGAUAUGACUCAUUUGUGA